CUACAGCUUUCAUUAAUCAGAAAAAAACGCAAUGUUUCAAGCAGCACAGAAAACAGGAAAAAGUAAAGGUCACUUUUAUUUUGGCAUGAUAAAGUUAGAAAAGUACGUCCUGUUUUAAAAAGAAGGAAAGAAAAAGCAAGAAUACUGGUCAGAGGAAGGAAUACUUCUAGAGCUUGAAAAAGUAACGGGUAAAACAGUAAUAGCCCACAGCGUGGUUGUAAUUAAAACAGCAACACAGUCAGGAAACAUUUUUAAGAUAUUUAAAAGAAUGGGCAGCUGCACAGGAGGGGACUGUAACAUCUAAGAGAGCACUGGGAUCUGCAGACGGUGAAAGAUAUUGUAGAUAUCUCUCAGAAGCAAAAUGACCAUCUGUGAAGCAACUAUUAGGAUGACUCAUCUGAUCUAUUUCCAGCUUGUUCUUUUCACCUUGGGCUUGUUCUGUAACUUGCUUGCCAACACAGCUGCCCAAUGUAUCACAGGCAAAUAUGAAGAAUGCAACAAAGCUGAUUUCAUACCGAGACAUAACUUAGGUGGGGAAGGCUUUGAUAUCACCACCAUGACAAGGAAAAGGGCAUAUGUCAUUUAUACAGAGAUGAAAAUGUCAGAAAACAACACUUGCACCUUGUGUAAGAAUCGACUGCAGAAAAACAAAUACCAGGUUAUACCGCUCUAUAUGGUGGAUUGGCGUAUAUCAUCACAGUGCCAAAGGAAAGUCUCUAGCUCAGUGUACCAAUCUGCUAUGUCUUUUUCAAAGUCCAGUAGUUCACAAAUCACCAAUGACUGGAAAGUUGGUCUUAAUGGUAUUCCAAUACCAGGGAUCGAUACUGAUAUUGUUUUGGCUGGUUCUCAUUCAAAGCUAUCUGAGUUUGCAAUGAAGAAAUCAAACCGUGACAAAUAUUGUUUCACAAAACAUGUAUUUUCCUGCAAUACGUACACUUACAGGUUAAGAAACCAUCCAAGACUGGAGAGCAACUUCUUGGGAAGACUCAAGAACCUCCCUAAAGAAUAUAACUCUACAACAAAACAGAGAUUCUUUGAGCUCAUAGACAUAUAUGGUACUCAUUAUAUUAAUAAAGUGCAGCUGGGAGGGAGAAUCCAAGAAGUGACAGCCCUCCGAACAUGCCAAAUGUCCCUUGAAGGAAUGACUAGUGAAGAAGUACGUGACUGCCUCGACAUGGAAGCUUCUGCAAAUGCUAUAAAAGUGAAAGGCAGUUUCAAGUACAAGUGGUGUCAGACAUUCAUGAAGGAACACCUGGGCGGCUUGAAGUUCUCUGAGAAGUACAAUGAGAGAUCAUCAGAAGUCAUUGGAGGCAGUGUUGAUAAAAGUGCUGACCUGCUAUUCUCAACUGGUAGUGGCAGAAGAGCUACAUUCAAGGCUUGGACCAGAAGUCUGGUUUCUGAACCUGAUGUCAUCUCUUACUCUCUGACACCCCUCCACAUGCUUGUGGACUCUGACAGUCAUAUAAAAAUGAACCUGGGAUCAUCCAUUACUGACUACAUUAAGGAAAAAGCUAUUCAGAAAAACUGUAAUCAGUGUCCAUUAGGCAAGAUUCAGAACCAAAGAUGUGUAUGUGGAUGCUUAAGUAGUAAUACAAUAACAAGUAAUUGUUGUUCUCGGAAGAAAGGCACAGCAACUCUGACUGUCAUGGUUCUGCAUGGGGUUGAUGUUUAUGGAUACAUCUUCAGUACAGCAAAUUUCUUUGUUAAUGUGUCCUUUGACUCAAAGUCGCACCGUACAGAUGUCAUUCAGAGCCACAACCCUCACUGGAAUUACACAAUGGAUUUUGGUGAUGUCAUCCUGUAUCCCUCAAGUACAAUCAAAGUGAUACCGUGGGACAUGCUCACUCUUUGGAACACAAAACUUGGAGAAUGUGUGGAACCCAUUACCCAUGCUAAAGGCUGGCAAGAAUUUAUCUGUUACUUAAAUAAAGGGAAAGUGAUUUUAGCAUAUAAUGUAAAAUGUGGCCCCUACUUAGGGGGCCUUUACUGUGACCAGUAUCAUACCACACCAAUAUAAUGUGUUGUAGAGGAACCCUCCUCUAGUGAUAUCAGCACUUAAUAAAAGUAGUAUGUCAUUUGUAUAGGCAAAUAAUCCCUUGUGCUAUAUGUAAUAAACCUUUUUUUAUUCAAUAAUUCUCUUGUACCAACUACAGCACAUCCUCCUAUAUUUCUUUGCAUUGGUAAGCUUAUUCACUAUGCUCUCUGAGUAUCUCAAUUCCAUGCAUCUUCUAUUCCUACAGUUGUUAUAUGUUGCAUUUAAUUAAUUUUGUUUUACUGUUUCAAUUGAUUUUGCUUCAGUUUUUACUCCAAUCAUUGUUUGCUUCAGUUGUAUAAAUGAUGUCAUUGUUAUUUGUAGUCUGUGUUUUUGACCCUGGCUGAGCAUGGGAUCCAUGUUCUACCUCGGUUAACAAAUAAAAAUAAAAUUAAAUGAUUACAGUUUUA